AUCAAUUAAUUAAACACACCCACCAACUUCAAAAAAUGUCGGUGAACAAGAGCACGAAGAAGCAGAGAUGGUAUCUUGGUGGCCUUGCUUCUGCCGGAGCAGCUGCUUGCACUCAUCCUCUGGACCUUCUCAAAGUUCAUUUGCAGACACAGCAGGUAGUAGAGAAGCGCCUACUCUCUAUGGCAGUCAACGUAGUCAGAACGCAAGGGAAUCUUGCCUUAUACAAUGGACUCAGUGCAUCACUAGCGAGACAGUUAUCCUAUUCGACGACAAGAUUUGGCAUAUAUGAAGUACUGAGAGCAAAAAUACAAGCAGAUAAAGGAUAUGUACCAUUUUAUCAGAAGAUAGUCAUUGGCGCCAUUGGAGGUGCUUGUGGUGGUCUAGUUGGUAGUCCAGCUGACAUGGUGAAUGUAAGGAUGCAGAAUGAUGUAAAGGUUGCUCUAGAAGUGAGAAGAAAUUACAAGCAUAUAGGAGAUGGACUAAUUAGAGUUAUUAGAGAAGAGGGUGUUAUGAAUUUAUGGCGUGGGUCCUCACUGAAUAUAACAAGAGCAGUGCUGGUAACUGUAUCACAGGUGGCAUUGUAUGAACAAGUGAAACAAUUUCUAAUAUCUACAAGCAUCUUCUCCGACAACAUAAUCACUCAUUUCUCUUCAAGCAUUAUAGCUGGUAUUAUAGCAACUGCCAUGACACAACCAGUUGAUGUGGUAAAGACUAGAAUGAUGAAUGCAAAACCUGGAGACUACAAGUCGAUAGUCCACUGUACACUGUACACAGCUAGACUGGGACCUCUGGGAUUUUUUAAGGGUUUCGUUCCAUCAUUUACGAGAUUAGGACCCCAAACGAUCUUGACGUGGAUAUUUCUAGAACAAUUACGACGAUUAUUUCCCCUAAAUUCUUAAUAUACCAUAAUCACAUACCCAUGAUAACCACUACAGAUGUUGUUUAUACUAUCAAUAAUCAUUGUUUUAAAAAAUAAAUAAAUUA